GAUUUUUUUUUCAAAAUGGGGUAUAUUGGGACAAUUUUUUCAAAUGUGGGGCAAGGCAGGAAAUUACUCUUACACAAACAACAACAACUAACCCACAAAAAUGCUCGUGACACCACCGCCACGCAGAUCCAUAAGCCACCAUUCACCUGCGUUAACACCGUGAUACGCUCUCUUUUCAUCUCCAACAAAAACAACGCUGCCGACGAAGUUCUUCAACCCUUUCCUCUCCAGCUUCCGCACAAUCUAUCACCGCCGUCGCAAACAAACACCAACUCCGACGUCGUAACCAAAAUCAAGAAGAAAGCUGAGGAUGGAUCUUACAUUCUCUCAAGUUUAACAACGCAGAAUAUUGUCUCGGCUUCGUCGUUGAUUUCAAGUAAAGUUGCAGCUCUGUGUUAUUUCAAUUUUCCAUAGGUGUAAAUCCUUUCUUCUAUAUUGGGAUUCUGUUGCAGUUUCGCUUCUGCAAUAAGAUGAUUUUGUCAUUGCCGCGGGGUCGCUAGAUUCUGUUUGUGAUUAGGCAACAAUCAUAUGCAGCGACAAUAAAUUUGUUUUGAGUCGAUUCCGGAUUUUUUUCUCUUAAUAUGUUGUUUGUCUACGAAAUUAAUUGGUGUUGUAAUUUAUUUCUUUGAUUUCAUGUUUCGUCCGAAUGUUCAUUUUUUACGGUAUCUGCACAUAUUCUGCUGUACAGAGAUUUUAAGGUUACAACUUGAUUUCGUUUUAACAACAUAAUUAAUGUGUGAGCUUAACAAGUUAA